AUGGCGGCGGUGGCGGCAGCAGAGUUGGGGCUGGACUUCUCGCGCGGCGGCGUGGUGCCCAGUUUGGAGUUCGCGUUCAAUUCGGCACACUUCUCCGACAGGGAGCUGCGGUUAGAGAUCGUCGCUUCGGAGUCCGGCGGAGGAUCCAUUGCCGACGAGGAGCACCACCAGAGAAAGGUGCUUUUACAAGAAAAAACCUUUUAUAUCAAUUCAGCAAUUCUUGCUUCAAGAAGUUCUUUCUUUCUGAAGCUUUUCUCAAAUGGCAUGAAGGAAUCUGCUCAGACGCAUUCGGCAAUUAGGAUCGCUGAUUCAGAGGAAAAUGCCCUUAUGGAGCUUUUAAGGUAUAUGUACGGCGGGAAGUUGACUGCAACUGAGCCCACUCUCCUGCUCGACAUCUUGAUGGUUGCGGAUAAGUUUGGGGUUCUUUCAUGCAUGAGGCAUUGUAGUCGUUUGCUCACAAGCUUGCCUAUGUCGACCACAGAAUCUGCACUGCUCUACAUAGACUAUCCUUGCUCGGCUUCAUUGGCCUCUGAGGUCCAGCGUGUGAUACGUGUAGCCAAGGAACUUCUUGCCAACAAAUACAUGGAUUUUGAAAAGUUCGCGCUUGAAAUGAUGGAUUUCCCUCUUGUUGGGAUUGAAGCCAUAUUUUCAAGUAUGGGCCUACAAGUACUAACUGAAGGUAACAUAUAUACCUUUAUGCUCACGUGGGCCCGUGCGCGAUACCCAGCAUUGGAUGAAAGACGCGAGAUCUUGACUUGUCGUUUACUUCCGCUGGUACGCUUCAAUCAUAUGACACGUGCGGCACUUCAGGAUAUCCUAGCACGCACCGAUGAUGAUAUAGACCAUGAGCAAGUAACUGAGCGUAUUACUGAGGUACUUCUACGCAAAGCCCACCCAACACAGAUGGAAGGUGCUCUAAAAUCCCGUGGGCAAUUCGCUGAGCGGGGUUACCAUUUCAAACCUGUGGAAUUGGUUGUUCUUCAUCCAUGCAGACCGGAGUUUGCGGUUUAUUUGGAUCUAACGUUCGAGGAGUGCUCCCGACUCUUCCCUUCUGGAGAUAUAUUCUCGCAUCCAUUCCAACUCGAAGGGUGGGAGUUAUAUCUCAUGGCAACAUGUACAAUUGAUGAGCAGAGUAAGUUGUACAGCUUUGGCCUCUGGUUGGUAGUCACCAGGAAUCUGAAGGGCUCAAAAUAUCUGAGAGUACGUUAUAGGAUUGAUGCAAGGACUAGAUCGUCAGGAAAAUUUGAGAGAGCUUUCAACGAUCAGAAUACCUUCACCGGUGAUGGGAUAACGGGAUGCUCUGAUCUUUUUGACAUUCCAUGGUCAACGUUCCUUGCCGACGAUAACCUCUUCAUCGAUGGUGUGUUGCAUCUGAAAGUUUAUUUUCUAUAG